UCGUCUCCUCCCCGACCACCAGCCUGACACCAAACACCAGCUCGCUCCCCAUUCUCGAUCAAACGCCUAGGAUUGUCCAAGGAAGCCGACUUCAGCGACGCCAUGGCCACGUCCGUGUUCAGCGGCGACGAGACGGCGCCCUUCUUCGGGUUCCUGGGCGCGGCGGCGGCGCUGGUCUUCUCGUGCAUGGGCGCGGCGUACGGCACGGCCAAGAGCGGCGUCGGGGUCGCGUCAAUGGGCGUCAUGCGCCCGGAGCUGGUCAUGAAGUCCAUCGUGCCCGUCGUCAUGGCGGGGGUGCUCGGCAUCUACGGACUCAUCAUCGCCGUCAUCAUCAGCACCGGGAUCAACCCCAAGGCCAAGCCGUACUUCCUCUUCGACGGAUACGCGCACCUCUCCUCCGGGCUCGCAUGCGGCCUCGCUGGACUCGCCGCUGGAAUGGCAAUCGGCAUCGUCGGCGACGCUGGUGUCAGGGCGAAUGCUCAGCAGCCAAAAUUGUUCGUGGGCAUGAUCCUCAUCCUCAUCUUUGCCGAAGCGCUUGCACUGUAUGGCCUCAUUGUCGGUAUCAUCUUGUCAUCUCGUGCUGGUCAAUCCCGAGCAGACUAGACAUUGGUUUAUGAUCCAUAUACCACAUACGAGUGUUCACUGUGUUGUUUUGAUGUAUCUUUGUGGUCUAUUUCUGCUGUUCAGACUCCAUGCUUUCUUCUGUCUUCUUGGUAGUUGUAUGAUUCUAUAACUUUUAAUGCACACCUGGCACAUUGUUGCUUGAGAACAUGGAAAGGUUUGGUGAAUAAACCAGGAUUUGUUUUUC